GUUGCGACUAGUCUGGAAUUUAACGAAUAGACUAGCGGAACGCCAACGUCUGUAGUCAAAUUAAAGAGCCAUCCGAUUUGUAGUGUUCGUUUGAAUUAUUUUUUUCACAGAAAAAGUGUUAUUGUGAUUUGCUGUGUAAUUUUUGAAUUUUUCGUUCAAAAUAAAAGAAAAUGUUGAAGUUAAUUUUUGUACUUGCGCUCAGCAUUUCAUGCUGCUGGUGCUCAAAAUUUCAAUCGUCAAAGAUUCCACAGUGUGCUAUAGGCGAUACCAAUUGCAUAAAAGAGACAACUAAUCUUGUUUUGUCACAGUUUUAUGGAGGUGAACCGAAGGUUGCACUAGCUAAGAUGGAUCCUUUGCAAAUCCAACGCAUGCAAAUCAAACAGGGGGGCAACAGUCCAGUGAAUAUUGAUUUGUCAUUCAACAAUGUUGAACUGCAUGGUUUGAAAGAUUUCCAUUGUACUUAUGUCAAAGGUUUUGGACCAGAUCCAAACGGUCAAUAUGAAAUGAGAGCGAAAGGCCCAUUGUUCAUCUUGAAAGGACCUUACACAAUCAACGGAAGAAUUCUGGUGUUGCCCAUUCAAGGCAAUGGAAUAAGUAACUUUACUUUGGAAAACCCCGAACUGCACAUUAAAUGGACCGGAAAAUCAAAGGUCAAGAAUGGAAAAACUCACUUAUACACCGAUGAUCUUCGCAUGACCUUCAAAAUUACAAGAAUGCAAGCUUACUUCGGCAAUCUUUUCAAUGGAAAUCCAGAAUUAGGUGAGUCAACGAACCGCUUCAUGAACGAGAAUUGGCAGGACAUUUUUAAUGAAAUUAAAGGAUCUAUUUUUGACGCAUUCUCACUGAUCAUGCAAACUAUGAUGAAUAAUAUGUGGGCGCAUCAUGACUACAAAGAAAUGUUUAAACAAUAGAUGCAAAUAAGGAAUGUUGCUUGAAUUUUCUACAUUGAAUGCUCGUAUGGAUUAAAUGUUCUCGUUAUUUUUAAAAAAUGAAACACUAAGUCGUAUAUAGUAAGGACUUUUCAAAAGAAAAAUGUUAUCAAGAAUAUCAAAUGUGGACGAAAAUAGCUGUUCUUGCUUCUUUCAAUUUGUAAAUGAUGAAUUAAAUAAAUUUGAGUCUGAAACGAA